AUGUUAGUUGAGAUCCAGGAACAUGACGAGCGGCAGCACGAGCGGGGGCACCCGCUGGACAGGAGUUGGGUCUACCCUUGGGAGGAGGAGGAUGAGAGACCGGUGGUGUAUGCAGAACAAGAAGAAAUCUGGCUCCCAGGAGACCGGGAGGAGGAAGCAGUGGACAAGAAGCGGGAGGACUUCAGCUGGUUGGAAGAGGCGAUCAAAAGGCAGCAGAGCAGGGAGAGGUACGAGCGGGAAUUUGGGUUUAGCGACUUCGCGCUCAUGGCUGCAACGAAAGAGGACGGUCCCACAAGGGUGGAGGCACAGGGCGAGCAGACGACUGGGGGCACAGAAGUGGCACAGCAGUCGGCAAGGGGGACAGAAAGAGCGGAGCACCCGAAGGAGGAGCAGCAGGCAUCUGGGCAAGUCAUAGGGGCAUGGGAGUGGGUAAUAGGAGAGGGCGUCUCAGAAGCAGACGCAGGCAAGCUGAAGCAGGUGUGUUAA